AUGGCCAUCACUGUGGGAGGAGCAGGCAGCAGAGCAGGUGUUGCUGCAGCAAAGGGUGGCUGGGCUGCAGGACGAGCUGCGGAAGAAAGAGGCUGCAAUGCACAGGCUGCAGACAGAGCUGCAGGAUGCCAGCCAGCUGGCCCCAGAGAAGGCAGCUUGUGCCUGACAGCAUCUAAGGUACAAGAAGCAAAGGCCCAGCUGGCUGGAGCAGAGGCAGAAGUGGUCUCCACGAGGAGCAAAUGCAGCACGGCACUGAGAGAGGCAGCGGAGAGCAGCGCGGCGCUGCAGGGACUGCGGCAGAGGACGGCAGAGCAGGAGGCCGCCAUCCACCAGCUGGAGAGCCUGGCGCGGGCCCACCUGAACGAGCGGCAGCAGGAGGCAGAGCAGGUAGCCACGGCCUCGGGCACGCCCGUGCUGAGCUCGCCUGUGGCAGUGGGAAGGACAGGGAGGGGGCCUGGCUCAGCCCAGGCCCCUCCGCGUCAUGCACCAGUGUCUGCUGCAGCUGCGCCGCGCUCAGGACCAGGUGCAAGUGCUGACCCGGGACCUGCAGAAGGCAGCAGCCGAGGCCCAGGCUGCAGAGCAGAAGGCACGUAUCUGUCCCUGGGUGGGAGGGAUCGCGGGCUCUUGGGCCAUGGGGCUGUUGGCCCCCGUGCUGCAGGGCAGGCUCGGCUCUGCCAACGCAGGGGUGCGGGCUGCUCUGUCACCACCCCACGUGCCUGUGGCAGGCACAGCACUGUGAGGACACGCUGCAGCGGCUGCAAGAUGAGCUGGUGGCAUCACAGGUGACUGCCAAGGGCAGCGCCCAGGAGCAGCAGCUGCAGGACGUGCAGCAGCAGGCACAGGC